CGUAGCAGCUUCAGUGGCAAGCAUUAAAGGGGUCCAAGAACUAGAAAAUUAGAAGUAUCCAUGGAGAACAGUGAACACUCCGUGGAUGCAAAAUCCAUUAAAAAUUCAGAAACAAAGAUCUUACAUGGAAGCAAAUCAGUGGACUCUGGAAUGUCCUUGGACAACAGUUAUAAAAUGGAUUAUCCUGAAAUGGGUUUAUGUAUAAUAAUUAAUAAUAAGAACUUUCAUAGAAGUACUGGAAUGGCACCUCGGUCUGGUACAGAUGUAGAUGCAGCAAACCUCCGGGAAACAUUCACGAACUUGAAAUAUGAAGUCAGGAAUAAAAAUGAUCUCACAUGCGAAGAAAUUUUGGAAUUAAUGGACAGUGUCUCUAAAGAAGAUCAUAGCAAAAGGAGCAGUUUUGUUUGUGUACUUCUAAGCCAUGGGGAUGAAGGAAUAAUUUUUGGAACCAAUGGACCUGUUGACCUGAAAAAACUAACAGUUUUCUUCAGAGGGGAUUACUGUCGAAGUCUGACUGGAAAACCCAAACUUUUCAUUAUUCAGGCCUGCCGAGGCACAGACCUGGACUGCGGUAUUGAGACGGACAGUGGAGCUGAGGACGACAUGGCCUGUCAGAAAAUACCAGUUGAAGCGGACUUCCUGUAUGCCUAUUCCACGGCCCCUGGUUACUAUUCCUGGCGAAACUCAAAGGACGGAUCCUGGUUCAUCCAGUCACUCUGCACGAUGCUAAAACUGUAUGCUCACAAGCUUGAGUUUAUGCACAUUCUUACCCGAGUUAACCGAAAGGUAGCCACAGAAUUUGAGUCCUUUUCUCUUGACUCUGCUUUUCAUGGAAAGAAACAGAUUCCAUGUAUUGUGUCUAUGCUCACAAAAGAACUGUAUCUUUAUCACUAAAGAUGGAUGGUAUUUUUGGUUUUUUUUAUUUUUUGGUUUUUUUUUUUGUUGUUUUGUUUUGUUUUAGUUCAUAUGCCAAGUGAGGAAAUGGUUUAACUGAUCCUGUAUUUUCCUCUCAUUUUAAUCUAAUCGAAUGCUUCACAUGGUACUUUGGAACCUGCUACUUUCAUAGCAAUAAAACUAUGAGGCUACCUCACACUCAGAAUCAGGUAGUCGAAAUUGAAUUUAAUUAGGAAUAAAUAAAAAUGGAUAGUAGUACAAUCGUUGUGAGAGGAAAUGUUUCUAAAUCAACUGCCCUGGAAAUUAACAAGUUUCAGUGAUGCUGUUAUGAAUUUUUAAGUAAUCAUGGAAGAGGUUAAACACUGUAAUUAUGAAUUUCAAUGAUCUUAACGUGCUCCUAUAUGAGAGUAUGUACUCUGAUUUUUGUCAAACCACAGACAUGCUAAUGAGGAAUAAUGUAUUCUAGAAUGUGGGGCUCCGUGGGCAGGGUCAAAGUCCUAAAGACCUACCUUGAUUUUAGAAUCAGGAUUUGGAGACAAGUCAACUGUAUUUUUUGGUCAUUUGUCUGAGAGCAUGGUUUUGUGAUGUUGGGCCCAAGCAUGUCUUUAUUGCAAAAAGUCAUGUUUAGUAUUGAAAAGGAAACUAAAUAUUUUGCCAGAGGAAUUGUGAGCAAAUCUCUUUGACUCUCGCGAGGAAUUUAGCUAAAUGCAACAUCAAGGUGGGGUAGGCAGAGUUAGAACUGCAAGGUGCAGAGAUGCAGCUGUCUGCCAACACCCAAAUCCUGUCCUUUGUGCCUGAACCAAAUCUGUUGAGCUUCACAUGCCAGCAAAAUAUGUGAAGAGAUGUUAUGUAAAAGCCUCACACUGUCGAUCAUGCUGCUAGCAGCGUGAAUUGAAGAAAUUCUACAGGAAUGCACUAAAAUACAACUUACAUAGUAACCAGUGAAAUGCCACGAAAAACAAUAAAUCAAUCAGCUGGGCACUCCGUCAUUAGAAGAUGGUCUGAGCCUGAGCAGAGACACCGUGGGCACAGCCUGUGUGAUGAGGGCAGAGCCCUGGACCGGCUUUGGGAAAAGGCCCGCUAGCUAGUUUUUCCGUAUGGACUAGUGUGCGUGGAAGAUACCCCCCAACCCAAGGCAGGAAUCUCCAAGAGAGCCAACCAACUCAGAAGUUUCUGAGAUGGAAAUUUUCCAAAGGUGCUAAGAGUCACAGCAGAAACCAUAGCACAUUUUAUGGUACAGUUUUUAAGCGUGUUAUUUUCUGUUGAAGUUUACAGUCAAAGGUACAAAAAAAUGGUAAUUAUAAUGAUGUCCCAUUCAUUAAAUGAAAGGCCCUUGGCACGCAGGACCUUAGAAAUCACCAGUCUCCCCACUCCUCUGGUGCCUGGGGAAGCAGCCCCCACCAUGGAGGCCAGCCCCGCAGGCGGCCUCCCUCAGGCAGGCCCUGAGUCCUUGCUGCAUCCCGGGGCCUCAGGGGUUUUGCAGUCGUGACAUUUAAGGUAAGCUAUCUCUUGCUCAAAGAAAGAAACUGACAUUUAUAAAUGACCACUCUUUGUUUUACCUGUGGAACUUUUUUCUAAGUAAAUAAGGCAUGUCCUGGUAUCUUGAGAUGUGUUCCUGUGUGACUAUUUUGUAAAUUUUUGUUAUGCAUUUUUAUUUCAAAAUAUA